CUCCUUCUUCUUCAUCUCUCUCUCUCUCUCUCUCUCUCUCUGCAUCAUUUGCUUUCCAUGGCUACCUUCCUUCCUUCCACUCCAUCCCUUGACCUACAUCGCAUCUUCCUCACUGCUCUAGCCUUCCUCGCAUCUGUCUUCAUAUUCCUACUAUCCAGACGAAGCAAGUCGAAGCGCCUGAACCUCCCGCCCGGUCCACCAGGAUGGCCGGUGGUCGGGAACCUAUUUCAGGUGGCCGGUUCAGCCAAAUUUUUCUUCCACUACAUUAGAGACUUGGUGUCCAUCUACGGUCCUAUAAUGACAUUAAAGAUGGGGACACGGACCAUGAUCAUCAUCAGUAGUCCCGAAUUAGCCCAUGAAGCACUUAUCCAGAAGGGUCAGAUCUUUGCAAACCGUCCUCGUGAGAACCCAACCAGGAAGAUCUUCAGUUCCAACAAAUUCACCGUGAAUUCUGCGGUUUACGGGCCGGUUUGGAGAUCGCUGAGACGAAACAUGGUCCAAAACAUGCUUAGCACCACCCGGCUCAAGGAAUUCAGAGGAGAUAGGGAUUCUGCGGUAGACCGGCUUAUCGACCGGAUCCGUGCCGAAGCCGAUUCGAACCAUGGGGUCGUAUCGGUGCUGAAGCAUGUCCGGUUCGCUGUCUUUUGUAUCCUCGUGUCUAUGUGUUUCGGGGUGGACAUGGAUGGAGAUGAGAUCGAACGGAUAGACAAGAUGAUGAAGGCGGUAUUGAUUACCCUCGACCCUAGGAUCGACGAUUUCCUCCCUAUCUUGGCCCCUUUCUUCUCCAAGCAACGCAAGCGAACCAAUCAGGUGCGGGAGGAGCAGCUUCAAACGCUGGUCCCCUUCGUCGAAGCACGACGGUCGGCCUUGAAGAAUCUUUCAUCCAAUAAGACGGCGGCGUCGUUCUCUUACCUGGACACGCUCUUUGAUCUCAAAAUCGACGGACGUAAAUCCGUCCCUACGGACGAAGAGUUGGUCACGCUCUGUUCCGAGUUCCUAAACGGUGGGACCGACACCACAGCUACAGCACUGGAGUGGGCCAUAGCGAGGUUGAUCGAGAAGCCGGAGAUCCAAUCGAGGCUCUACGAAGAGAUAAAAUCGACGGUGGGAGAUCGGAAGGUAAACGAGAAGGACGUGGAGGAUAUGGUGUACCUGAACGCUGUCACGAAGGAAUUGUUACGAAAACACCCACCCACGUACUUCGCGCUAACCCAUGCAGUGUCGGAACCCGUCAAGUUGGGAGGUUACGAUAUUCCCAUGGACGCCAACGUGGAAUUCUUCGUGUCGAGUAUAGGAGAUGACCCGAAAAUAUGGUCCGACCCGAAGGAUUUCAACCCUGAUAGAUUCUUGUCUGGAAAGGAAGAUGCGGACAUCACAGGGGUGACGGGGGUGAAGAUGAUCCCGUUCGGGGCUGGAAGGAGGAUCUGUCCAGGGCUGGGCUUGGGAUCGCUUCACAUCAAUCUGUUGCUGGCAAGGAUGGUUCAGGAGUUUCAGUGGAGAGCAACACCCACCCAGAAGAUGUCGGAUUUUAGCGAGAAGUUGGAAUUCACAGUGGUGAUGGAUCCAGCCCUUCAAGCUGUGAUCACAGCCAGGAAAUAGUUUCUGACUGGUUUGGCCUCGCCGU